UGGAUGCAGAGGACGGUGGCAGUCGUCGGUGGUGGGAUCAGUGGCCUCACCGCCUGCUACCACCUGGCCAGGAGCCCCAAUGCUCCCAAGAUAAUCCUGCUGGAGGGCAGCGGCCGCCUGGGGGGCUGGCUCCAUUCCACUCGAACUGAGGACGGGGCCGUAUUUGAGCAUGGCCCCAGAGGGAUCCGACCUGCCGGGACCGUGGGGAAGAACACUCUGCUCAUGGUCUCUGAACUUGGCCUGGAUGCAGACGUGCUUCCGGUGCCCGGUGACCACCCGGCUUCCAAGAACCGCUACCUCUAUGUGAGCGGGGCGCUGCACAGGCUGCCAUCCGGCAUUGGCGGUGUUCUGCGGACAGUGCCGCCCUUCACCAGACCCCUACUCUGGAGUGGGCUGCGUGAGCUGGUAGCCCCCCGGGGCACCCAGCCGGAUGAGACCAUCCACAGCUUUGUGAGCCGCCGCUUCGGAAAGGAGCUGGCCGACGUUGCCAUCGACAGCCUGUGCCGAGGGGUGUUUGCUGGAGACUGCCGGGCCCUGAGCGUGCGCUCCUGCUUCCCUGCGCUGUUCGAGGCCGAGCGGAGGCGGCGCUCCGUCAUCCUGGGGAUGGCCCUGGGCGGAGGGAAGGGCCCCGCCCUGGACUCGGCGCUGAGCCGCAGGGCCCGUGACGAGCGCUGGAGCCAGUGGUCGCUGCGUGCUGGCAUGGAGACACUGCCUGAGGCCCUGCAGGACUUCCUGAGACAGCGUGGGGUGGAAAUGCACUGCCAUGCCCAGCUGCGGCGCCUGGAGAGAACGGCGGCUGAGUGCUGGCAGAUCACCCUGGAGGAUGGCAGUGUGAGAGCAGACCAUGUGAUCAGUGCCAUCCCAGCCAGAGCUCUGGCGGUGCUGCUUCCCGGCUGGGCCGAGCCGCUGGCCCAGGAGCUGCGCAGCAUCGAGGCCGUGUCGGUGGGUGUGGUGAACCUGCAGUACAACGGUGCCACGCUGCCCAUCACGGUGAUGCUGGGAGGUGCGUGGUUCGAACAGGGCUUUGGGGACCCAGACACUGUGCCACUGGCUGUGCUGCUGAGCCGUGCCAAGGAGGCAGUGAGGGCACACCUGGGCAUUGUGGCCGAGCCCUCUCGUACAAUCGUCAAGGUGCUCAAGGCCUGCAUCCCCCAGUACACGCUCGGCCACUGGCAGAGGACAGAGACCAUCAGCCGUUACCUGGAGCAGGAAGGAUUGCCGCUGAGCCUGAUCGGGGCCUCCUACCAAGGUGUCUCUGUGAACGACUGUAUCUACAGUGCCAAGACGGCAGUCACCCAGCUCCUGGACCAGGCCUGCUGAUCUGCCACUGGGUGCCCGCCUCUUGAACUAACUCUGCUUCGAGCAGAGAACAGUGGAGCCCCCGGCCAGGCAACGGGCUCUCACAGUGUGAGGAGAGGCUGCCUCCUCUGAGAGCACUGGGAGCUGGAUUCCUGCCCGAGGUGGGUGGGGCUGGGGGUGUCCUGCUGGGGCCCCCCUUGCGAUAAAGGGACACCCCCAGAAGCAGUGAGAGAAUGUGAGUGUGGAGGCUGGGCCGCUCUCAGCAGCUGUCGGCUGCAGCCUGGGUUCUUCCUAGCAGUGGUCAGGUACCAGCCCAAGGGAGGGGCUGGGCUGGCUUGUCUCACCCAGACACCCCCCCACCACCACCAGCCCUUGGCCAAGCCCCUCCCUGGCUGGUGUGGUUUUGCUGCCUUUGUGGAGCUCACUGUGUGUGGGCGGGGGGGAUUGGCUGUGACCCCUGCAGCUCCCUGGAGCGGCCCUGCACAACCUCAGGCUGUCAUUGACUAAUAAACUCCCCAAGGCUGGGUUAGCGUG